AUGGGUUCGAGAGCAACAGCAUCAUGUUUCAAAUUCAAACGACAUGGUGCUCUUACUAUGCCGUUAUUUCGUCGUAGCAAAAUUGUUUCGAAUAUUAACACAAUUGUUGGUGGUACAGACAAACUAUUAGAUAGAUGGCGUGCUAGACCACAUGAUCAAAUGCAUACAGAUAUUGUUGAACAGUGUCAAAAUCUUUUGCUUGAAAUAUUUGGAUUAAUUGCUUUUGAUUAUAAUUUAGAGACACUUGAUAGUAAAUAUUCCAGCAAUAAAAACGAACUGAUCGAAGUCCUAUUCGAUAUCAUGAGUACAUUUAAAAUGGCUAUAUAUGUACCUAGUUUUGUAUCAAUUAUCUAUAUGAAGUUGAAUACUCGAUUUCAACGAGCAAGAGCAACAGUCGAACAAUAUUUUAAUAAAAUGAUCGAACAAGAAUUGACUCAAAGUCCAGAGUCGAGAGCACAACGAAAGAAAACUUCAUUAAUCGCAUUACUUGUUAAUUCAUUACAAGAUGAUGAAAAAGCUGAAGCAAGAAAAAAAGGAGGAAGAUAA